AGACGGCUAUGUGACGACUCAGCAUUGGCAGUCAUUUUGGGGCAAGGGAAAUCCUUCUAAUUUAAGAUAAUGCACGACUAAAUGACAAUUACUAUGGCCGUAAAUGCAGUCAUGUUUUGCAGGCCAUUACGUCAUUUCCGUAAACACCUGCCUCCAUUUAGUCUCUAAUUAAAGUCACAUGGUCUCCUCGCAACUGUUUCCAAGCGAGAUGGCUCAGCCUCGCCGCGUCCAGCUGACAUCUGUGACCUGUCAAGUUAACACGGCGGGCACCAGCACUAGAACCACCAUUCUACCCCAGAAGCAGACGCCGUGUGUCGACAAGGAAACCACCGCUUCUGGGGACACGGGCUCGAUCCGCCUCCUCCUUUCCUUGUUCGAGCCCGACGACCACAACUUCCCGGAGUUUAGCUACUCUCAACUGCUGGAGGACAAGAAGAGCAGCAACAAAAAUGAAGUCCAGCCAAGGUCCAUAUUUGAAGAGGAGGAACAAAAGGAGAAGGCACACUUGGCUGAUAUUGCCAAAAAGAUGGAGGAAAAAUAUACCGUAAAGAAAAAGCAGGAUCGGGUUCAGGACUUGAUUGAUAUCGGUUACGGUUAUGAUGAUGAAGAUUCCUUCAUCGACAAUUCUGAGGCUUACGACGAGUUUGUGCCAUCGUCCAUCACCACCAAAUUUGGAGGCUUUUACGUCAACUCUGGUGUACUUCACUUCCGUGAGGCUUCUGACACGGAUGACAAGAAACCCCCUGGCACCUCCAAAAAACGUAAACUCAAAGACAGACAGGACCAGUCAAACCCAAAGAAGAAAAGCUGUCACAAAGUUUCAAAGGAUCAAAACGAUGCUGAUGCACAGUCAAGUGCAGCGGCUGAGAUGGUGGCAGUUGACGACACGACAAUGCUGAUGAAGAAAAAAAAAAAGAAGGUGGCGGGUACGCUGAGCGUCACCAGAAUGCUCAAAAAGUUUCGACGAGAAAAGGAGUUGGAGCGACAGAAAAUGGAAAGUGGUCAUCCAAGCACGGUCGCCCUCCCAGAAACCCCUGUGAUGCCCAUGUGCCCGGCAGACGCUGGCGGAGGCGGAGGCUCGGGAUUGACUGACCCGCUGCUCAGUUUGAUCGGAUCCACCAAUGAGCAUGUACUUCUCCAGGCCGCCAACAGGGUGGAGUUUGACAUCGAUCUGGACUGUCUGUUGGAUGUCGGCGAAGAGAUUUCCUCACCGCAAUUAGCAACUCAGUGUUUAGCAGAAGCGCCACCUCCAACCCAGCCCAAAACAGAUGACCAGCCAUGUUCCUCCUCUAAUGCACCUCCAAUCAAAAAGAUGACCCAAGCACUUUCUCUUCAGUAUGCCCCACUGCCUGACGGACUCCCACCCCUCCUGGAGGAUAGCAUCAAGAAACUGAUGUUGGUGGCCAAGACCUCUGAGAGUGAGUCCAAACUCAAGUUCUUCACACCAGAAGUCAACUCUGUCCUGCUGGAUAUAGAGUGUCAGUGCCGUGAGCAUGGCGGACAUCUGCGCUCCAGAGUGUACGCAUACCUGUCGUCCUUCCUUCCCUGCAGCAAGGACACACUCUUGAAACGUGUCAAGAAACUCAAACUUGCAGAGGACCUUUCCAAUGUAGAAGAUCCUGUGCAGAAGCUGAAGGAGGCCAUUGGGCGAGCCAUGCCUGAGCAGAUUGCAUGUUUCAAUCAACACUGUGAAGAAUAUCAGCAAGUUAGGACCUUAAGGAUGACUGAGGAGGUUAAUGACGUCAAGCAAGGUGGCCAACGGAACAAUGUAGAAGACAAAGGAGUGAGAAGAAGCGGAGGUCCUAAGAAGUUGUUCAAAUGGAAUGAGGAGAUCAGGGAGGGCUUGUGCAAUGUGCUGAAGGAAAAACUGGACAUAUUUAAAAGCAAAAGUGAAGGUAGUCAGCAACUGGAGGACUACCUGAAGACCUUUUUAGAUAAUGACAUCAAACAUCUUUGGCCUAAAGGCUGGAUGCAGUCCAGGGUACUGAUAAGCGAGAGCAGGAAGAUGUUGGGCCUCCAGGCUUUACUCCCAAUGAGGAGGUCGAGAUCGGAGAAGAAGCAGUCAGUCAUUGACGUUCCAAACGUCGGAUCGCUCCCAGUCAAAGUGGAGCCUCGUGAAGUGGUCGAAGCUUCAAGCGUGUCCCGUGUAAACACGGAGGCCGAUAAUGAAGUCAUCAUCUUGGAUUCAGAUUCUUCAUCUCCGCCGCAGAUUGAUGAGCCCUUGCUCAACCCUGCACCGGUGAACAUCCUCACUGAGCAGGCGCUGGUUCAUAUGCGCCCCCUGGUGCCCAGCCAGGAGCUCUUGGUAGCCGCGGUGGCCAAAUACAAACGUUCUCUGCAGCACUGGAGCUUCAACACAGGCAAUGGCAGUCCACCACUUCCACCGCCACCUCCUCAGUGCAGCCCAGUCGACUUUGCGGAAGAUGCCCUGUGUCACGCGGUUCUUCCUCACCUGCUGCAAGACUUCAUGGGGCCCACUGGGAGUGUCAACCCAGAGGUCGAGAUGAGCUCAGAUGAUGUCAUUGUAUAACCUCAGACAUGGUCCAUCACGAUACGAUGUGACAUAUUUCCUGAAACCUAACAACUUUAUUCGAGAUAAAUGGAGGUCAGGUGCAGUCUAAUACGCUUGUUUAGAAUUUAUUCACACAAUAAAGACAUUGCAUGUUCUAUUAGCUGUUUCUUUCCGUUUAACAUUAACGUAAUUAGUAGAGACAUGACUGGCUUGAGAUCAACAUUGUCGAGGUAUUUACAGUCUUAUU